GAAAGAGUGAAACGGACAGACGUUCACACACCCCGAACAAACACCUGUUACAAGACACGAGCGACUGCUGCAGGACAAGUGCGAGGGUCAUUUAUACGCUUCUGUGUUUAAAAACGAGCAUUAUCCUUCUCUGCAAACCCUAAAUGGCCACGAUGGACAUCCCCGCGAAGGAGCGUAAGCCGAAGAAGCCUCACUACAUCCCACGUCCCGCCGGGAAACCCUUCCGGUACCAGUGUUUCCAGUGUCCCUUCACCUGCAACCAGAAAUCCCACCUGUUCAACCACAUGAAGUACAACCUGUGUGACGUAUCCAUGUCCGUGAGCUCCCGACCCGGCAGACGAGAGGAAAACAACCCCUCCACACACACGGAUGAAGACGAGGAGGACCCGGAGAUCCCAGAGGAGAUCCCAGUGGAUCAAACGGCGUCCUCAUCCAAGGAAACUCCCUGGACCGUGUUCAAACCGGAAGCGAUUCGUCCUCUCACUCCCGCGUCCGUCUGGAGGCCUCCGGUGCCGUUCACUCCCGGUGCUCCGAACCUCCUAAACAAGCCACUCGUUCAGGAGCGAGCCGAAGAUUUCCCGUAUCAUCCGGGGUUUCAUUUCCCGUUCCCCUUCUAUGCUCCUUACAACCCGUACAGCUACGAGCCGGUCGCUCAUCCGUACGUCACUCGCGGACUCUUCCCACAGAUGCUGUUCCCCGUGGAGUGUUUCAGGAACUGCUGCACGAUCCCGACUCCCGGCGCGUACUCGUUCGGGAUCCCGUAUGAUCCGUACGCGCUCGUGGUGAAUCUGGCGGGGAAGGAGGUUCAGGCGAGUCCGGAGACGGGGCGAUCCGCUGCUGGAUCACCGGACAGACCCGACGGGUUUGAUCAUUCCCAGACAUUCCCACUACAUGAUGAGGCUGCAGCCAGCCAAUCAGAGGAGAGGGGCGUGGCCACACAGAGUCUUCCUGAGAGAGAGAAGGAAAGAGCGGGAAACGACACAUUUGAUGAUGCUUUGGUUCCUCUCAACCUCUCCAGGAGAGACAGUCCUCUGAACCUGUCAAUGAAGAUGUCUCUCGGCCAAUCACAGAGCUGCUUGCUGAAGCAGGGGGUUAUGGGUGCUGUGACAUCACAGGAAGAGGAUCAUGCGUCUGUAGAGAAGACCGCAGCGUUCGCACUCUGUCAGCUUUCUCAGUCCGUGCCUUCAAACUCACACGUCUCAAACCCUCACACUUCAGUCCGAGGUCACGUGGACCAAAGCGCUUCCACUACUUCAGAUAUUAGAUCAGAUACAAAUGCAGGAAGCCCCGCCCCCUCGGCUGAAGACCCCGCCCAUUCGGUUAAAGACCCCGCCCAUUCAUUUGAAGACCCCACCCAUUCUACAGAAGACCCCGUCCCCUCAGUGGAUGAUCCCACCCAUUCUGUUGAAGACUCCGCCCAUUCUGCUGAAGACUCCGCCCAUUCUGUUGAAGACUCCGCCCAUUCUGCUGAAGACUCCGCCUCCUUGUCUGUUGCGUUUCAAACACGGACAGAAAGACAAGGAAAACGCAACACGAAGAGAAAACAGACGAGUCUCAGCAAACACAAUCUGAGGAAGAGAAUUAGCCGUUAAUGUCUGAAAAUCACGGCAGAUCAACAUCAAUAAAGCCUGUAAAUAAGAAUAUUUUAUAUAAGCAACAGUUCACAUGAACUAUAGGGAGUAAAACAUCAUGUGAAGCACUGAAUUAUAUUUAUAUAAAACACUGUUU